AUGUUCUGCCCUAUUUCUUUAUUAGUUCUUAAUUCUCCAAAUGAAAAUAAUAUUAGUAAUGAACCUACUAAUAAUUAUAGUUUUUCAAAUGAAGAAAAUAUUAGUAGUUCAAAAAAAUCAAAAAAAAAAACAUUGCCUAUUCAUGAUUACCUUAAAA